GUAUAUGAAGUUUUAAUGAACUGUUCAGGGGUAGUAUUCACAGUUUCCAUGUAACUUAAUCAGGCAGUUAAUUGAAGUUGUAUGGGAUCUUCUUUAGUCCAGUUUGUGUUGUAGCAGGACGGCCGCCAUAUCUCAACCAACUGGGGAACGGCUCAACAGGGAAAGCGCAGUUUUCCCGCUGCAACUGGCGAUUUCGCCGUUCAGUGUGGCCACAUAAGGCCGCUCUGGUAGGCCCAAGCAGGUGUAAACGUGGAAUUUCCUCCGGAUUACGAGAAACGGGUCACGUCGUUGUGCAACCCGGAAGUGACAAACUGCGUGGUUCGUGUUGGCGAACGAACAGGACGUGUCGUCCAGAUUUGAACUCGUCUGAAAAUCUUGCAUUCAUUCUGGCAGGUCAACCGGAAUCCCUCUGACAACGUAACCGGAAGAUGGAAGCUGGUGAGACUUUGUAAUUCCGUUUGUGACAGGUGACUGUGGAUUUUCUGACCUAACUUUUAUCGAGCUUUCAACCGAGUGCUUGGAUAUUUGGCAUGUCGCCGUCGUCCUUUUGCACGAGUCCAUUGGAUUCCUUGUUGUGGUUGUAUUUACCCGAUGGCGGUCGGUGAAACGUUGGUGACCCCUGUCGCAGUCUUCCAUUCCCUUUCUGGGCUUUCUGUCAGACUUGACAGUUCCUCUUCCCGCCCAGUGCGGGUCAGAUGGGACCCACUAUGAGCGGAGAGGCACGCGGGAAAACGGAGAACGGCUCCGGCGCUGGCCAUGUCAAAUCUAAAACGAGUCAGGGGUCGAGCAAGAUCCCCAGGCCAACCAAGGCAGCGCACUCGAAGUCAUCUUCUCCAGUGGCACAAACUAGUCCUCCAGCCAUUCCUUCCACGGAUGGAAAAGUAAGUUCAGGAGGUCAGAGUUCCAUCAACCCCAAAGCAAUGAAGAAAAGUGUCAGCUUCGAUAUAGACGAGAAGGAUAUAAACAAAGGCAGCAAUGGCAGUAUGAAAAGUUUGAAUGAAACUCCCGUUGUGGAGACAGAGGUAGAAGGGAAGGAAGUGGAAGCAGGGUUGGGGCCAGGUCAGGGUAGUAGUGAAAAUUCUGUCAGGGAUACCAAAGAAAGAACUACCCUCGAAAAUGGUGAAAAGGUUUUGAAUGGUGAUGUUGAUUCGGAAGCCAAGGAGAAACCUGGUGCUGAUGCAGACACAAAGUUGAGUGUGAAGGAAAGCAAAGAUGAAGAUCCAGAGAAAGAAAAGGUGGACGGAGCUGUUGUAGAUGCACAGAAGAAAGUAUCAGACGAGAAGGAUGGAGAGCGACAGGAGGAUGAGGUGGAAGAUGUCAAAGCGAUAGCCUCUUCCCCUUCAGCACGUUUCCUGAAGUUUGACUCCGAGGUCGGCCGAGGAUCCUUCAAAACUGUGUACAGAGGUCUGGACACUGAAACUGGAGUGGAGGUGGCCUGGUGUGAACUACAGAAUAGCAAGUUGAACAGGACAGAGCGCCAAAGGUUCCGCGAGGAGGCUGAGCUACUCAAGGACCUGCAACAUCCAAACAUCGUGCGCUUCUUCGACUACUGGGAGGUCACGGGCAAGAACAAGAAAUACAUCGUGCUUGUGACUGAGCUGAUGACAUCAGGAACUUUGAAGACGUAUCUGAAGAGGUUCAAGACUAUCAAACCCAAGAUCAUGAAGAGCUGGUGCCGACAGAUCCUGAAGGGUCUACACUUCCUGCACACCCGGUCCCCGCCCGUCAUCCAUCGCGACCUGAAGUGUGACAACAUCUUCAUCACGGGCACCACGGGCUCCGUCAAGAUCGGAGACCUGGGCCUGGCCACCCUGAAGAACAAGUCAUUUGUUAAGAGUGUUAUAGGUACCCCCGAGUUCAUGGCCCCUGAGAUGUACGAGGAGCACUAUGACGAGAGUGUGGACGUGUAUGCCUUCGGUAUGUGCCUGCUGGAAAUGGCCACAUCAGAGUACCCGUACUCUGAGUGCCAGAAUGCUGCCCAGAUCUACAGGAGGGUGACAAGUGGUGUGCGACCAGAGAGUUUUCAGAAGCUUGAGUCCCCAAUGCUGCGUGAGAUCAUUGAUGGUGGUACUCGUCAGAGGAAGGAAGAAAGGUUUACAAUCAAGGAGUUGUUACAGCAUGAGUUCUUUGAUGAGUCCACGGGCAUGUACGUGGAGUUGGCAGUUCCCGCAGGUGAGCAGUCGGAAUCCAACUACCAGCUGCGUCUGCGAGUCGAGGACCCGAAGAGGAGAAGGGACAAGCACAAGGAUGACGAGGCCAUCGAGUUCGGCUUUGAUGUACAGAAGGACAAGCCGGAAGACGUCGCAGCUGAAAUGGUGAAGUCAGGGUUUCUCCAUGAGGAAGACCGCAUGGCGGUAACCAGGUCUAUCCGCGAUCGUGUGGCUCAGAUCAAGGCCUCCAAGUACCGACUGAUUAUCCAACAAGAUGAGAAAAGGAAGCUGGAAGGCGAACAACACAAAACACAACAGCAGCAACAACAGCAGCAGCAGCAACAAACCUCCCAACAUCAGCAACCACAGUCCCAACAACAACAAGAGCCUUCAGAACAGCAGCAACAGAAGCAGCAACUUCACCAGUCUCAGAUUCAGUCGGAUCCACAGCAGCAAGUUGGUCAGCAGAUGAUUCAAACCCAGGAGUCUGGCAUCCAGGCAGAGAGUAGAGAGCAGGAGUCUUCACAGACCAACUUACCACAAUGGACAAAUGAAGGUGCAACGGUUGAGAGUGGCAUGGGCUCAUCUUUGACAUCUGAGGUUUCAUCACGUGACUCCAGCAUCCAUGGCUCCCAGUCAUACCACCAGCAGCAACAGACGUACUACAACCAACAGUACCAGCAGCACCAGUUCUACAGCCAGCCCCAGACCUCCACUCCACCCCCACAGAACCAGCAGCAGACAUACCAGCCAUACCAGCAGGCGCAGUACCAGCAGCAGCAACUAGGGCAACAGUACCAGUCAAUGUCUGGCCAUUUUCCACAAGGACAGAUGCCACCACAGUAUAUGAAGCAGUUGGAUGCCCGUAGACACACCGUCCCACUGGGCCAGGCCGUUGUCUCGCCCAGCCAGGCCCACCCAUCCGCCAUCCCACCCGCCCUGCACCAGUCCCUGUGUGUCACCAUGUCUGCACCUGCCCAGUCCUCUCGGGUGUCCCCCGCCAGUCUGCCGUACUCCGCCGCCUGCAUGUCCACACAAACGGCGGCACAACAGGCCCACCCAUCCCUGUCUUCAACUUUGUCUGCUCCCGCACGGCUCAAUGGUGACAAGUCGGUACUGAUGAUGGGACAGCCUGGCAUGGGGGUCCUCCCAACUUCCAUGGUGGUUCAGGAUCCAGCCAUGGCUGCCAUGCAGCCACCAUUGCUUGCCUGCCAGCCUCAGAGCUGCCCUCAUCAGCUACCAGUGUCCGGUCUGCUGACCACAGCUUUUCAUGACACCACUGUCACCACCAUGGCUGCUAGCCAGACCAUGCAGCAGCCUACUCUCCUAGUGGGCCAGCCUAGUGUUGCACUACCGCCAGCCAUGGUCGGUGUACCAGCAUCCAUGCCGGGGGCACAGGCUGCCUCUGUACCAGCACAGCCAGCACCCUCUCUGUCAGCACUCCCAGGAUCCUCUCUGUCAGCACUCCCAGCACCCUCUCUGUCAGCACUCCCAGGAUCUUCUCUGUCAGCACUCCCAGCGUGCUCUAUGUCAGGUCUCCCAGCGUGCUCUAUGUCAGCUCUCCCAGCAUCCUCUAUGUCAGUUGGUCCAGCACCCUCGCUGCCAGGACUCCCUGUCUCGGCAAUCCCAGGAGGCCCUGUACCGGAUACCAUAUCGCUACCAUCCAGUCAGGCCGUUCUGCAGUCUCCAGUAAUGCUAGGACCGCCUCACCUCAGCAUGUCCUUGUCCAUGUCUGGGCUGUCAGGGAUCCCCCCGGCAGCUCAUCCAGACUCGGCUACCUUGAGCGUUCCUGGCUCACAAGCCAUGCAACACAGCAUUUCCCUGCCAGUGUCCAUGUAUGACUCGCCCAACAUGAGCCUAACCAGCCCCCAGGUCACGUCGCAGGUUGGUCUGCCCCUCUCGCUCUCACAACCAAUCACAGCCCCUCAGUAUUACCCCUACCCAAUCACUUCUCCCACCAAACCGUCCGCCGGGGCAUGGCCAGAGGAGGGCAGGCCAUUCGUACCCUUUCUGGGUAGCCCAAGUGAAGAGGAGAAGCGCUUUCUUGUGGGGUACUACUACGGCCAUCAAAACUCCAUAACCCCGCCCGCCUCACCCGAGAAAGCGAGCCCAAGUAGAGAGAGGAGGCCGUCCCUCUCCAUGUCUCCCAUACUGCCAGCAGUCGCAGAAAACCCCGCCGAAGGAAACAGUCGUAUGAAAGCCAAAAAGGGAACUGGUCGACCUACGACUCUGUCUCUUAUUGGGUCCCCACCCCACUACCAGCAGUCACUUACCUUGCACGGUUACGGAAAUAUGAGCAGUGACCAGACCAAGGUAAGACGCCAACCAUCCCUACCUAUUAUGGCACUGAACCAGGAGGGUUCCCCACCAUUCUACCAACUGUACCACCCCCCUAUGUCUGCUCCGCUACCCAUGCAGCAAAGCCCCACCAAGGACAACUUUCCACCUCACCAAAAUCAGGGUGUGCCUCUGGUGUCACCUCUCUGUGCACAGUCCCACCUCUCCACCGUACAGCCGUCCUCCAGUCCUCCCAUAGGAACAGUGCAGGACGCCAUAAACGCGACAUUGAGUCUUAAUGCUCUUCAGGAAGGGGAUAAGGCGCAGGCAGCCUACAUGCAGUCCAUGGUGGCGGUUGCACCUCACCAGUCUUACUACCAGCCCCCAGUGGUCCUCAUGCCUGACCAGUCAGGGGGGAUGGUAACCUCACAGCAGCUAGAUCAGGGGACGGUGUACAUGUACCAACAGGCUCCCUCACAAGGGAUAGCUCCCCAGUCUGUGCAGCAGCAGUUUUACCCGCCUCAGGCCAGCGUGCCGGGUGGACAACAGCCUGCUGACCAGUCCAUGGGAGCUGGACAGUCCAUGGGAGCUGGACAGUCCCAGCAACUUGACCCACAGGCUACUCUGCCCAUGUACCAGCACCACAUACCAGGGGCCUCACAACCAGGCCAGUCGCUGAGCCAACAAGUGUACCAGGCAAAUGUAGUACCCACUGCAUCUUUAGCGCAGCAUGAUCAGGUGGUAUUGCCCUUGUCUCAGCAGCCAUUGCAACCCCAGACUGGAACUGUGAUUCAGGACCCCAUUCAUGUGGUAUCUGCAAUCCCUCAGCAGCUGCAGCAGCCAGCUCCUCUGGUUCACCAGCAGGUUGAGCAAGUCUCUAUGGUACCGCAGCCUGGAGAGCUGGUAUCUGUGGUCUCACAGCAGGCAGUACCUCAGCCAGGUCAACAUGCACCUGCACAAUUCCAGAUACAGCAGGUUUCACAGGUCCCUGGGGCCCCUCAGCUGUACCAGGUGACUCAGCAACAGCACCUGGGCCAGGUCCCAACAACUGCAGAUGUACAGCAGGCUGUGCACCCAGACCAGGUGAUGGUGACUGUUUACCAGCCAGCGGUGGCUUUGCAGCCGCUGAGUGAGCUGGGCCACAUGCCUCCACACCAUGCUGCUUGUCAUUUAGCAACACGACAGUGCCCAUCUCCUGUGGCAUUCUAUCAGUACCCACGACGUACUGGCACCAACACUGUCCGGCCGGUCCCACUACACGGGACCCAGCCUAUCCGCCCAAUCCCACGACAUGUGUACCAGUCACAGGUUCCUGCCGACCAGCCCAGAGGAUCUUACUCACCACAAGAGCAGACGUCAGGUAUGGUGGCCAGCAGCCAGCAGCAAGUUGCCAACACAAGCGUGGCAACGCCGCCAUUCCAGCUGCCGAUCUUCACCCAACAGCCUCACACUUCUUCAGGCUACUCAUCGUCCCCAAUUUCUGACCAAUCUACUCAGACUUCCCCCACACAAAUGCAGGAACAGAAACAAGACGUUUGGCAAGGGGAUCAAGGUGGAAAACCUCACUCUCCAGGUCUGGAAGACAAGGCACAGACAGAGCAACUACACUCACAAGGGACAACUAAGGAAGGCCACAUUUCUGAUGCUGAUAAGAGUGACAAGGAAGGAAAGAAAGACGGCAAAAAGGUUGCUAGGAGUAAGUCCAAAAGAAAGCACGAGCGGCCUCCAAAACUCAGCAUCACCAAGAUAGAGGAGGGUGGACUGGUGGAGUGCCAGUUUGAGACUCACAAGCAGAAGACAGUGACUUUCAGAUUUGAGUCAGACGAAGUGGAUCCAGAGGAAAUAGCAGACAAUAUGAGAGAAGAAAAACACCUUCUGGAGCACUAUGUGGAGGUCUUCAAGGAACAGAUCAGAGAAGUAGCCAAGAUCGCCAAAGAAAAGGGACCAACAGAUGAGCCCAUUGUACUUAAGAGUCCACGGAUAGCAAGAAAAUUUACCAAAAAGGCACAUGAUGUAGAAGGGGGUCCCGUUAUCAGGUGCACCAUCAUCAGCCUGGAGCAGGAGCAGCAGGUGGUGGAAUGUCAGUGUGACACCAGCAGGACUUCCAUCACGUUCAAGUUCAACGUGGAGGACGACUCUCCAGAGGAAAUGACUGAGAACAUGGUAAAGGAUCGUCUGAUCUUGGAGCAACAUUCCGGCCUCUUUAAAGAGCAAAUAUGUGACAUCAUCAAGACUGUCAAGGAAGCUGAAGUGUCUGAGAAGCCGUUGGCCUUACCUUAUGUCCCGUCUGCUGGCCGCCGUAGAUCAGCCUCACAAGGUGCAGAUGAGAAGGGGACACAGCCUCAACAGAAGCUACAGCUAGAGGAGCAGCAGCCCGCUCAGCCAGAAGCACCAAAGAGCCCCUCCCCUCAGCCCCAAGCCCAGGCUCAGUUUGCCCCUGCCCAGGCCCCAGCCGAGCCACCGAAGCAGGGUUCCCCUGUUCACCAGGUUCAACAGACGCCUGUGCCCAUUCACGGUGUGCUUCCACAGACGGUCAUGUCGGCCAAGGUUGCACCAUCGCCCCAGGUUGCACCACCUGCCCAGGUGCCUCCUCAAGUUGUGCCCGUGCAGCCUGUCCAGCCCGUCCAGGGCAUGAUUCCUGGCCAGGGCAUGCCACCUCCACAGGUUGUCCCCCAACAGAACGUCAUGCCUCCCCAAGGUGUCCAUGGACAGAGCUUGCCUCAUCAGAUUCCUGGAGUGCCACCACAGAAUGUCUACAUGCACAGUCAGAGCCUCCCAGGCAUGUCCAUGCCACCACAUCCUGGUAUGUCCUUACCACCGGGAUCACAGAUGCCCACACAAGUUGCUGCUGUUACAGCUGAAAUGCCUGAGGGGUCCACUGUCGUUGGUAGAUUCGCUGUGAGUUCCACCUCAGAUGUCUCACAAGGGCCUGAUCAGAAGCCAGCAGAGUCCCAAACUGUCCAGCCAACAAGGCCGCAAGGGCAGGCAGCUGCUCACAAGGAAGAAGCAGCAAAAAGCCCCGAAUCGUUGGACAAUGCGUUGAAAGGAAUAAUGAAACCAGCAGAUGCCUCAGGGCAAACCUCGCAGACAAUCAGCACACAGACGUCUCCUCAAGAGCCAGCAGGACCCUCUCUUCCUGACCAAUCAUCAUCCCAGACCACUCAAGGGCAGGGAACUGCCCCCCAGGGCAAGGCACCAUUGCAGAAGCGCCCCAGUGUGGAGGUAGUUCCACCCAAAGGACAAGCACAGGAUGUUGGUAAGCCUCCAAGUGGGGACACCCAACCACAUGCACCUGCACCGGCACCAGGGGAAUCCAAACUGCAAUCAGGUGUAGCUGCCCAAGGUACACCUGCUGUGGCUGGCCAAUGGCAAGCAACUGGGCAGCCGCAGCCAACUGCACCACGGCAGGCUCCCCCAGGCACCCCAGCAAAAAGUGUAUCUCCUCCGAUACAAGGGCAACAAGUGCCGCAGGAGGAAUCUGCAGGGUCACAGGCUGUCCAGAGCCAGGUGGGUGUACCUGCCAGCCAGCCUCAAACAGGCCCUCCGACAUCCUCAGCACAAGGCCAGAUGUUACAACAGCCCCCGACUAGUUCAAAGCCAGCCAGUUUAAGCCCUACUCCUCCUGUCCCAGUAAAACUGGAGGAGAAACACAAGAUCCCUCGGCCUGGAGAUAUCGAGGACUUAAAGAUGAAGCUACAGGAACUAGCCAAGCAGGGCAGCAAGCCCACAGUGGUGGCAGGGGUCCCCGGUGAUACGACUACCCCCACCCCUGGUGCUGUAUCUGCCACAGGGGAGGCUCCACAGCCAAGCAUACCAUCUGUACCAGGGGGAGGAGCAGCUCCAGUAACUGUGGGACAGAUGCAGGGGUCGGCGUUUGAGCCUGUGCCAUCAUCGGCCUCGACUCAACCAACGACAUCGCAUGUCACAACCGCCCCUGCCAAACCACAGGGAACUGUCACAGUCCAGACCACGCCGAGUGCAGGGGAGUCGGCAGAGACUACGCCAUCAGAGUCUGUCACGGGCAGAUUCCAGGUGACAUCUGUACAGGGGGAAACACAGGAAGGCCCAUCUGCAAGCAAUGCACCACCUGCAACCAGUUCCAGCCCAGGGCUGGAGGAAAGGAGGGGUUCAGUGGACCACCCUGCUGUAACAACUAUCCGAUCCGAUGCCGGUUUUGGAUCACCAGUUCCAAUAUCAGGAUCCCCGGUGCAGCCAUCCACCACUCAGCCCCAACCAGUGCCAACCAUACCCGUCUCUUCCUCCAUGCCAGCUGAGAACCAGAUGCUCCAACAGCAGUAUAUGCCGCCUCAAAUCCCCAUGCCUGGAUACAUGUACCAAUAUCCUAUGGGUGUUCCUUUUCCUUAUGGCCAGUUGCCCUAUGCCAUGCCAGCGUCUGGGCAGCAGGGCAUGCCCAUGGUGCCUGGGUCAAUCCCGGGACAGGGACCUGUGACUAUGGCAACUUCUCUGCCUAUUCAAUCUCAGUAUCUCACUGGUCCUGCUUCAGGACAAGCGCCCAUGCAGAUCCCAGGUAGUAUGCCUCCAAGUAUGGGGCCGAUUCCAGCUGUCUCACAACUGACGCCCAGUUCUGGUUCCAAUGGCAAGGUAGGAAGGUUCCUGGUGUCACCAAGUGCAGAGCUUGGGCCUGAAGCAAAGAUGGAGGACAUGCCUGUAACUACGGAAGAGCAGCAAGUGGAAGGCAUUGUGCAGCAGCUGGUCAACCAAACAGUACAGAAAGUAGAGGGACAAGAGGCUGUGGAACCGUCCCAAACACAGGCUCCUGCUGCUGGACAAGAUGAAACUAAACAGGGAAGAUUCUUGAUAUCCACCAUCCAGGACAAAGUGUCUGUUGCUGCUAAAAAUGGGGACAUUUGGGGCCAGCAGGACACUCAGUCAGGGGGACCAGUAGACUCAGAGAGGGACGAUCUCACUGGACAACAAGCCGCUGCUGCUGCUGCUUCAGACAACAAUGCUGCUGAGAAGAUGCCUUCAGAUGAUGACGUGUUCAAGAAGCCCCCACCCAUUGACCAGUUGAGAAGAGUGCCUUCAUCUCAAGCAUCGCAGGAGCCCAGUGGAGUCAGUUCUCAACAAAACGGUAGAUUUCGAGUGGAGUCAGUCCCUAUGGGUGCAGCGACAUCGCCUGUGCUUGAUGAAAACAACCUGUCUUCAAGUGGAGAGGGUUUGAAUGAUGAGGAGAUGAAACUACUAUUAGAGAAGCACAAACAGGAGUUAGCUGAGGUGCAAAUGCGACAGAAACAGGAAGUGGAAAGGCUGUUGAUCCAGAAGAAAAGACCAGCGCGGCCUCACCAGCGGUCCAGCUCGGUGCCACGUAUCCCCAACCCACAGUUACUUGGCUACUCUGCAGAGUAUAGCUUUGGAUCCCCUUCAAGUCGCUGGUUUAGCUACUAUACUCUGGAUGACUUUAAGGUGCAGCAGUUGCAGCAGGGUCAGAUGCAGCAGCUGAACCAGGCCCAGGUGCAACAGCUGCAACAGCAGGCCCAGGUGCAGCAGAUGCAGCAACAGGUGCAGACAGCUGCUUCACAGGAGCCGGGGGCGCCGCCACAGGAGACCCAGAGUGGACCACCAACCCCGACCAUUAUGCAGCAGCCCAGAAUGGCAGGAUCCAAGUCCACAGAGUCCAUCAUGAGCACUGUGUCCAGUCAAGUUGAUGUGCAGGCUCAGCAAGGGCAGGAAGGCAAGAAGCUUACAGAUGACCUGUUGAGUAAGUAUGCUGACCUGGUGGACUGGGAGAAGAAGAAGGGAGCCCCUACUGUGACAGAAAAGCUCAGCCUUAAUGCCAUACGGGAGGCUCAGAUCCGCCAGGAGAUGGAGAGUAGCUUUGCCGUGCAGCAAGCCGCGCCAGCCGUGCAGCCCGUGCUGCAUUCUGGGUCAUCGUCGGGCAGUACGCCGUCGAGCACGCCCAAGUUGGGACGGAAGUCGGAGGGCGACCCACCCGCUCAGAGGCAGCUGUCGAGUGGUAACAUUCCCCAGUACGCGAUGCCGCCACCACAGAUGCUGGCAGCUCACCAGCAGAUGCUGGCCCACCAGCAGCAGAUCCUGCAGCAGCAGGGCUUCGCCGACUUCUCCCAGAUCAACCAGCAGACGUUCCCCGGGGCCAUGCACGCAGACUUCACCCAGUACAAUCAGCAGACCUUCCCCACGUCACAGGCUGUGUACAUCCCGCAGCAGCAAGGCUGGGGAACGGUUCCACCAUCGGCAAGCCUACCCCAGCAGGCCUACCAACAGGCGCAGCAGCCCCAACAGGCGCCCUACGGCCAUCUGCAGAAAGGCACCAGCAAUCCGCCAACCUCGCAGAGAUAGUAUGUACAGGGCAUCCACAUAUGAUUAAAGAGUGAAAUGAACAGACUAGUCAUGUGGAUGAAGUGAAUGGGAAGCAGACGGACUUGCACUUCGAAUAAUUCCUGAAUGCGUACACCGUUCUUGUAUACCAAGUAUACCAAACAUGCUGCCAAAUUGAAAAAUGGAUCCAGAAAAAUUGACAAUAUACAUGUAAAUUUGCCUGAGACAAAAAAGGAAUAGUAGGCUAGAAUCAACCCUGUUAAUCAUUGUAGCUAUGUUAGAACAGUGUGAAAAGCACACAGAAGUGUAGAGCUGGGCUUGGCCAGAUAAAUACCUCUUCAUUUUGAUAUGUCAUCAGCUAUGUGGAAAAUGUGUACUUACCCUUUAUUGGGCAAUACAUCUUGCUCUCUAGACAGCUCAGACUUAUUUUCUUUACUCGCAAAGCCAUAGGUUUCUGUUGUGUCAGAAAGACAAAGAAUGAAAAUACAUGUACAUUAGAUGCUGGUCAACCAUGUACCAUGUUACAGCUGUACUCUUGUUUAAGUGGUAACAUUUCCAUGACCCUGCCUUUUUUUAGGUGUUAGCUUGAGUGUAAGUGAAGUCUGCCUGUGACUGUUGUGGUUUUAUAACUUGACAAGCUUUCAAAGAGAGCAGAUUGUUAGUGAUGUGGAUGUUUGUCAGCUGCCAAGUCAUUUUGGCAGUUGUGUACUCUAAAGGUGAACUCUAGAGGUAAUACUUGAAACGUUGUAUAGAUUGCCUGAGAGUUCUCAAGAUUUGGGGAUAGUUUACUCCAGAGAAACAAUAGCUGUCAUGACAUCAGAGAUAGCCCCUGCUCAAGUGUCAUCACCUGUGUAAGACUAAAGAGGUGGAAAGUAUCUCUUACAGAAUGCAAUGUCAAGUUUGGCUUGAGUUGUGAAAGUAUACUGUUUAGUGUGAGCUUUCCCUAAAAUAUUUUGUGUAUUUGAAGUGUAUGCUACAGUCAACACUGUGUGAUACUGUGUGAAGCAAACUUCAGAAGCUGUAAAAGCCCCUCUCUACAUUUUUUUGGGUCACCAAGCGUUACUUCUAGAUUUUUCUUGGAACUGGUUUGAAGCCCAGAAUGAUUGCUUGAUAUCAAAUGCCAAGUUAAGUGAUGAUUGCUUUCUUUUUUUUAUAUUUAGCUUAGCACCCCAAAAAAAAACGGUUGGACUCACUGUCUUGUGUUUGGCCAAUUAGAGAAGUUUAUUUCAUGUUGAAAUGGGCCAAUGACAUGUAACCCUUGAUGGCACAGUGAAGCAAAUGAUAAUUGGGAGAAUUUGUGGGCUGGGAAAUGUUUGAGGUUGGUUGUUUUAUCCCAGUGACCACUAAUGUCACAAAACAUUUUUUCUGCUUUGCCAUCAGCCAUGUGUUCAGUGUGUACUCAAUAAUAAUCAAUGCAACAAUGCUGCAAAUUUAAAGAUGGCAGCAAAACAUACAAAUGCCUUACCCUGUACAGCUGAAUUGGAGAGGGAAAUGUGUGUUUUAGGUAGAUAUGGUGCUUUGUAUAGCUAAAUUUGGUAACCAAAUUAUCAACUUGUAUGCAAUGUAUAAAGGUGUGAUAUCUGCAUUGCAGAAGUGAGUGCUGAACAUUGCCUACAUGCUAACAGUGAAUGUUUCCAUAUUUCUGUACCUAUCUCAAAUAUUAUGCAAUAUCAAAAGGUAAAAUUCUGUACAAUUUCAUCAAGAGUUUUGGCUGAAAUGCUAGCUCUUUGUAACUAUGAUGGAAUAAGCAGAUUUGUACAAAUAUUAAUUGUUUUGGAUAUCAGUAUUAUGAUUAACCCUUGUAUAUAAAAUGCUACAGUUGUUGUUUUUUUGUAGUUACCUCACAUUGUUGUUAUGCUGCAGUCACAAAUUGAUCUUUGAGAAGUGGUCACAACACAGCAUUGAAUUUGAAUGAGAAGCGACGGCUAUGUACCACUCUGAGAAUGAUACAUCCAUGGGCCUCUGACCAGGCCAUGUAACAGGUAUAUUCCUGGUCAAAACCACGUCUGUCCUGUUCUGUUUUGUUUUGUUUUGCUGUACAUCCACAGCAAAAGGGUACAGUGUAUCAAACCUUACAUUUUAUUUUGUUGAUGUCAAUUAAUGUACCGCACUCCAUUUACAUCCAGUAACUCUAGACAUGAAACACAGCUCUUGUAAAAUGUUCGUGCAACCGGGCUGGACAUUUUUCUCUUACUAUGAUAGUAUGAAAACAUUUGUUCUGGUUAUUCCAUUAUAAUUGUUAAGGAGGGAUGGUAAAACUGUUCUUAACCCCUUUGACCUCUCGGUUAUUAGACCACUGCAAUGCUCCCACCUUUUAUUCUGAUUACAUGACUCCCUGUCGAUCUUACAAUUCUGUCUUUGACAAAAAUGGUAUGAGCACCACCCCACCCCCCUCCAAUUUUAAUGGAAUACCUGCAAUGCCUUUUGUAACUACAUUGCACCUACCAAUCCAACACUUGAUAGAAAGUGGACAGUGGCACUACUGUGUCCCAAGUUUGUUUUGACCAGGAAUAUUUAAGUCUGAAAUGUUACAAUAACCCUGUAACCAUGUUGUAAUCUAGCAUAGCUACAGCUAUGAAAAUUAACGGCUACUUACUGGAGUACUACUGAUUGGAAACUGCUGUUAACUUUGUUGGCAGACUUCUUUUUUUUUAAUCAGACUUUCACAAUGGAAGCCUGAUAUUACACAAUCCUGGCACCCAUACGUUUGAGUGGGAAGUACAUGUUUUUUGUUUGGGUGCACUGAAUAACAAAUGUGUUGUAUUUUGGAAAUUGUACACAGAAUAAGCCUUCUGGAAUGCAUAGUGUGUAUCAGUCAGGAGAAGUUUUUCCUUUCAUUUUACAAUGUCAUUGCAAUUCGAAAUGUUCAGUUUCAGAUGCUCGGAAAUGCUGUAGCACAAGACCACAGAUCCAGAAUCUUAGUACAUGUCAGGAAUUCACUAACUAGUAAUGAUACAAUACAAGACAAAGGAAUUGCUUCCCUCCAGCGAACACUAGUAAGUCAGAUUGUGCUGGUUUUGUGAGAAGGCUUCAGCUGCAGCACCAUGUCAGACUGUGAAUAAUCGUGUAUAAACUGUGGGACCCAGUGGUGGCAGGUUGGGAGGGUCAAGCCAACUGGGUAAAUGUUUCCUUCAUUGAAUUGCUUAUUCCGCACAUGAAAUGAAUAAAGCAAGCAAUGAUGCGGACAGCA